GGUCUAACAAAUUUCAAAACUAAAUUUGCAUCAAUCAGGACCUGUUUUGACUUGGGCUUGGAACUGCCCCCAUUUUUUUCGCACUUUAUGGUACUUCCACUUCUAAUACUCUCUCCAUAAAAAGCCUCGAUGAUCUCUCCAACAACAAUUUCUAGGGUUCCCUGUAAAUGCAAAUGGCGUUGGUUUAUCUAAAAGCAGAACUCAAUCGCUUCGUUAACUCUUUGCACGAAGAGGGGCUGUUGGACGGUCAGUUUACUCAAAUCCAAGCCCUGCAAGAUGCAAGCAAUCCCAACUUUGUGGCUGAAGUGAUUUCGUUGUUCUGUGACGAUGCAGAAAGGAUCAUUAGAGAACUGGACAAAUUUUUACAUCAGCCUGAUGUGGAUUACCACAAAUUGGAUGCUUAUGUUCACCAGCUAAAAGGAAGUAGCUCGAGCAUUGGUGCUCAGCGCAUGAAGCUAGCCUGUGUUGACCUUCGUCAGGCAUCAGAUGACAAAAACAAGGAAAGAUGCCUGCAAGCAUUGAACAAAAUCAUGAUGGAAUAUUUUCAAUUAAGACGCGAAUUUCUGACCCUUGUUCAGUUGGAGAAGAGUGUCUUUGCCUAUGAGACCAACCAACAAUUGCAGGAGAGUGGGUAUGCUGGUGUUUCAACAUAAUGUUUCAUGACUGAUGGAUUUUGUCUGUAUAGUGAAUGAAUGUAUAGUUACUGGAUCGUAACGAGUUGGCUAUCAGUUUAAUUGCUUGGUGGUAUAUAAGUAGUUUAAUGGCAUGCUUUAGAUUAUUAGCUUAUUGCAGCCAACUCUGACUGGCCAAAUAAUUAGAUCCUUCCCUUUUCUGUAUUAUUUUUUAACCUCAAAACUGUUGUACAUAAAUAAAUGAAUUAUCAAUAUUCGAUGAAAUACGAGGUUCAAAAGUAACAUCAGUUUCAUUAUAGUA